AACGAAAGCCCUUUUACUAAUAAAUUGAAAUACUAAAUUACCCCUCAGCUCUCUCUAUAAACUAUACUUGUAUAUAAAACCCUAAUUUUUCUGCUGCUUCUCAUACUUGCCGCUGCUACUAAUCUGACAGCAAUGGCUCCAAAACAGCCAAAUACCGGUCUCUUUGUGGGUUUGAACAAGGGGCACGUAGUUACUAAGAAGGAUUUAGCUCCACGUCCUUCUGAUCGCAAAGGGAAAUCUAGCAAAAGGGUUCUCUUUGUCAGGAGUUUGAUCAGGGAAGUUGCUGGCUUUGCACCAUAUGAGAAGAGGAUCACUGAGCUUCUCAAGGUUGGCAAGGACAAACGUGCUUUGAAGGUGGCUAAAAGAAAGCUUGGGACACACAAAAGAGCUAAGAAGAAGCGUGAGGAGAUGUCCAAUGUUCUCCGCAAGAUGAGGUCUGCUGGGGGUGGUGAGAAGAAGAAGUGAUUUGAUUUGAAGUCUCUUGCUAUUAGAUGCUAGUUAGAGGAACGGAUUUGUUUAGUGGCAAUGCUCAGUAACUUGUUUAUUUUAAUUUUCAGCAACUUCUGUUGUUUUUUUAUCCAGAACUAAAUGUUGUGUGCCUCCUUUAUGAUCAGCAUAUGUUCAAAUUAACUGCA